GAUACUUAUAAAUUCCCAACGAACGCAUGAUGUUUUACCUCCUUUUUUGCAUGCAGACAAGCCCAUAGUAUUAAAAGUGUUGACGUUUUAAAACGAACAAUAGUCGGAGUGUUGGAGCAUUAAUUAUCAGAUUUAUGGUUAUUCAUAAAAUGGCGAGUUUCCUGAUGUUAAAACUGUUGGAAAAUUAUAAUGAUGAUCAUCCAGCUGCAUUAAUUCAACUGUACAACGUUAGCGAUAAGAGAAAUGUACCUCAGGUCUUCGCUGUUUUUAUCUUUACCCCCUCAUUCUUCUCAAUUACUUCAUUCCCUAUGUCAAAAUCGAAUGAAACAAUUGUAGGUAAAAACAGCACAUUAUUGAGUAACCAGCAAACCACUACUACCUAUAAGAACCAGUUUCUUCUGCUUUCAAGCAAUGACGAUAGCGGUAGUAGCUCACAUAUUUCUCCUGCUAUAAGGGACAGCUACAUUCAACAAAAUCUGCCCAUAAGACGUCAAAGUCUUAUUGUUUAUCGUGAUAAAUUGCGCUCUGAGAAGAAGGUACCAAAAUCUGCUCGAGAUCUUACUCUUCCAUUAAGACGACGUCAUGUCACUAUUAUUCCAACACAAAACAAAGAGCCACUUUCAGAGACAAUAGAUAAUGAUUUAACAUGGAAAAAUCAGAAACACUCCCUUCCUUCAUCUCCACCAGCAGGAAAAUUAAGGCCGAAAAUUCCAUUAUCCAUUCAUAUAGCUCAACACAAUGCAAUUGAAUUAAUAACUGAGCCUAAUACAGCAACCUCUCAUAAAGCAAGCGUUAAACAACAGCAACAGAAUAACUAUGACCAGCCUAGUUCAUUAUUCAAUUUGACUCUUGAGGGAGAGAAAAAUAAUACCGAGUUAGCAGUGAAGCAACCGCCAAACCUUAAAAGUAUUGAACUUAUUCAGCCGAACAAGCCGGCUUUAAAUGAUGUAGAUAGUCAGUAUGAUAAACAGGAUAUCGACCAGCAGUAUGCACAGAACAAUUACAAUGGACAUACACACGCACUAACGCAAAUGUGGAAUGGUUUACCUUCCCCACCGCCUUUAGCCAGAUUACGAAGCGUAUUUUCACGAUUGCAACCAAACAUGAGCAAUGGUAAUAGUGGCAGUGACAGUCACCUUUCGGAUUCCAUGAUAGGAUCUUUAAGGGUAGCAAAAAGAGCAGGACAGCAAAACAAUCAAACACGUCGUGAGCAUAAAAAGACGUAUUCUGCUGCUUUGAUAUCAGUUUAUAAGCGUAAAAAUACGAUGGUCCACGAGUCAACGAUUUAUACAGCAUUGUUAUCACAUGUAGCCAAUGAAUUGGUGAAAAAAAUAGAGUUAUCAACCAUCGAUCGAAGGGAUAAAAUACAUUUCUAUCAUGUUGUGUUUUCAGGAACAGAAGCAGUGGAUUCUAUCUUAGAUAUCAUUCAAUCAACGGAUCGACAGCUAGCGUUGAUCAUAGGCAAAGCUUUGGAAAGUCAAGGGCUCUUUCAUCAUGUUACUUACGAUUGCAAGUUGACAGAUACCAGUAACGAGCUGUAUCAAUUUCAGUACUCAGAACAAGAUGAAAGCUCAUCUUACCUCUACCGUUUACCGAUACCGUCACAGUUUCUUCCGUUGUCACUUAUUGCAGUCUCAGCAAAUGACCACAAUUUAUUGAGUUCAGAAAAGAAUGGAAAGAAAUCCGUACCGUCUACCUGCAGGACCAUGCCUGUAAAUGGAGUUUUCUCUUUUUUGACAGAUUGCUAUUCACCAACAUGUUCUAGUAAGCGUCCUUGUUAUAGUAUCACAUGUCCUAGAAAGGCAACAAAAGAAGCAAAACACCAACGAUAUCCAUCGGAUACAAGUCUGGCAAAAAUAACGAGUGAACCAAAUAGAGCUCUGUGGAGACAAUCUGUUCCAAGGAAUAUACUUAAUGGGACUAAUCUAAUGGAGCAAAAGCGGCAAGAAUGUAUCUACGAGCUGAUCUACACAGAACAGGAUUUCUGCAGAGAUUUACAGUAUGUGGAAAACUGUUGGAUUAAACCUCUGUUGUUUAGCGAUAUCAUACCAGCAGAACGACGAGAUGUUCUUAUUAAAGAUAUUUUUUGGAAUUGGGUUGAUAUCAAGGAGAUCAGCUUAGAUCUCUCAAAAGAUCUUACACUGAGGCAGGAGAAGUACUCGAUUAUACCAUAUAUCAGUGACAUAAUGGCAAGGCAUGUAAGAGGUUUUGAGCCUUUCCUAACCUAUGGUGCUCACCAAACAAUAGGAAAGCAUUAUUAUGAACUAGAAAAAAAGAGAAAUGCAAAAUUUGCUCAAUUUGUACAGAGACUGCAGAGAAAGCCUGAAUCUCGGAGAUUGGAACUACAUGGAUACUUAACCAAACCCACCUCGCGAUUGGGACGCUACAAUUUAUUAUUAAAUGCUAUUAUUGAGGCGACACCUAACAAUCAUCCGGAUCAUAUAGAGAUCCCCAAAGUGAUGGCAAAAAUAACGGAGCUCCUUGUGCAAUUAAACAAGAAGGUUGGACUUUCGGAUAAUGCGUUUUACCUGGAAAAAAUAUCAUCUAGAAUUAUAUCAACUAAAGGACACGAUUUAAGGCUGACAGAACCUAAUCGUCAACUCUUACUGCAGGGGAAACUAAAGCGUGCCAGUCAGCAAUAUAGCAGAAACAACAGCACUGUUCCUGCAUCCAUCGUAGACAGUCCGUCAUCUGUAGAUAUCCAGCUUUUCUUAUUCGAUCAUUUGUUAAUUUUUUGUAAGAUAAAAAAACAAGAUGGGAUAGAAUGUUACAAAUUAUUUAGAAAGCCUAUUCCAUUGAAGUUUCUCUCUGUAUUUAUACCAAAGACAAUUCUUGUUCCUUCCACAAAAUCAAAUAUUUAUAAUAGAUUAUCAUCAUCUAGCACGGCUCAUCAAAUCUCUGUUUCUGACAUAAAAUACAACUCAAAUGCUUCCCUGAGGUUGAAUAAGUAUCCCAUAUCAUUUCAGGACAACGACGACAGCUCUGGAAUGAUGCAACCUCCGACCACUUUGAUUGCACCAUCAGAAUAUAUGAGAAAAGUAUGGAUAGAUAAGAUACACGAACAGCAAAAACUCGUUUUUAAAGAAGUAGACAGAAGCAGUAUUAGUGAUAGUAGUAGCAGCAGUACCUCUAUUACAAUAGAAUAAAAUGCCUUUAAGCAAGGAUAUAGGCAUAUUUUAUUAUAUUUAUGAGAAAAUGACUGAGAAGAGGACUAUAAGUGAAGUAGUAUAGCACUUUUCU